UCUCUCUCUCUCUCUCUCUCUCUCUCUCUCUCUCCUAGAAACAGAGGGAAAAGAGAAGAAAGAAACCACAAUUUCACAAAAAAUGAACGUGUUGGAUUCCCAAGUGGAGGCUCUUGUCUUCAACUACCUCACCUUUGGUUUCCUCACUCUCCUCAACAACUUUUGGACUUGGCUCGCACUUCUCACCGCAGCCCUCAGCUUCUGGAAGAUUCGCUCAUCGGUUUGCCCCGAACCCGAAAUAGGUGACCCGACCAGAGAGCCGGUAGUUGAAGCUGCCAUUCCCGAGGCGGUAACGCCGCUAGUUGAGUCAGCUGCUGUCGUGGAUGCGGCUCCGUUGGCGGUUACUGAGGACGUUGACGGCGUAAGGAAGGGGAAGUUUACGGUGUACUACGAGGAGGAGGGUGAUGAUGAGAGCGCGCAAUGCAUGCGCGGCGAGAGAGAGGGAACUUUGACUUUGACUUUGCCUUUGAUGGCGUGGAGGGAAGAAGAAGGGUGCGAAGUGGAGUGGUGGGAAAAGUGGGAGAGGUUGUUACGGUUGAGGAACGGCGUUAAUCAGGACGGAUGGUACACGUGUCAGGACUUGACGGAGCUUAACGGCAACGUUGUGAGGUUGUGGGAUGGUGGGUUCCGGUGUAGAGAAUCAUGGUACAGCUACAGCUGUGUUGAUGUUUGGUGAAAUCAAUAAUGAUGAUACAAUAAUGAAUAAUAAUAGUAAUAAAAUAAUAAAUAUUAAUAAUGGUAGCUUUAAUUUGUUAGUUAGAGACAUAGGUUAGGUAG